AUGCAGCAGACCGAAAAGCGUGUGGGUGGUAACUGUGACGAUGAUGAGGUAAUAGCUACUUAUAACGUGUACGCUUCCUCUUUUGCACAGCAGCAGCAGCAGUUACACAUAUUUCAAUUCCCCUUAAGGUGCAGAGCUCGUCCCUAUGAGGCUAACGAAGUGCGGCUCUUUGCAACGGAGGGUCUUAUUCACAGCGACGAGGACUCAAUUGCCAAUAGUGGCUCGAGAGUGGGAGGAACUACGGCCUCCACACCGCGGCAAGAGACCUUCGGAGCUGUGGCUCCCGUCAUCCAUCAUUCGUCACGACUGACAAUGCACUGUCAUAUCGAUACGUUUGGCUCUAGUUCCUUCACUGAGCCGCAGCAGGAUCAUCGACUAGACGAGGACACCCAACGUGCGGAAGAGAGAUCUAAGCACUCAUACAACUACGCUCUACAGUCGCAUCCUUUCAACCCUCACUGUGACUACAUGGUGGGACUUAUCGUGGACGGCGUCGUGCAUAUCACUCCGGUGACGAGCAUCCAGCAAUUUACCCCCAUUGUGAAGCCGCCUGAUGCGAGCUCGAUGCACCGAGUAGGUGAUGGGUUUCUCAGCGUGCCUUCGGUGCCGAUAGUUCCCGGUCUUGCCGUUUCGGACCGCAUAACCAGGGAAAUGCUGCGACAGCGGAGUGUAAUGCUAAACAACGAUGCGGACACUGCAAAAGAGCUGCAGUACUUCCCUAUACAAUCCGUAGAAAGCAUGGCAAUGCGGCGACGAUUGUGGGACCGCACGGGCGCGUCGCACUGUUUCGCAGGACCCGCGGGUUGCGUUGGGAGUAACCCUUUUGGUGACAGCAAAGACGGCCAUAACAACGGGCCGUACGUCGGGCCGCGCACGGAAGACUGUUUUUUCCCACCGGAACUUCUUGUAUCCGGUGGGAUUACAGGUGGCGAGCACGUCGUUAGUGGUGACAAAAUGCUCCGGCGCUACGCCAACAGGCGUAGUCUUGUUGACCAGGUGCAUAUCUACUUACGUCGCUGUCAGGUGCUGACGCUUGAUAAGCUGCGAGAGAUGGUUGUUCCCCCUGACGGGGCCUUCUCUGGUGGUGCUUCUUCAACAAACCAAUCAAAGGUACAGGAGAGUGUGACAGAUGGACAGCUGCUCGCCGCUUUGCGUGAUGGUGCCAUAUGGAUGCACGGUGUAUGGGUGUCCAAAGUUGAUCCAAACAUGCGGGGUAACGCAGCUGCCCUACGCGAAGUUGUUUUGCUACACUUCUGCGAGAGCCCCAGUGGUGCCUUGUCCCGUGCACGGCUUAACGCCCUCGUAAGCAGCAACACGUUAAAACGUACUGUGAAGGAAAUACUGGAAAGUAUUGCUACGUUGAAUAGCGGGGAGAAAGACCCAGCACUGCGCGUGUGGCGGCUGCGGCACGUACCAGCCGAUCCAAUGGAACGAGCCGCAUUGCUGGAGGUUGCGCAAAAUGCGUACAGACAGGAAAUAGAAUUCCAGACCAUGCAGUGCAAAAGGCUUCACUCAAGCAUAAUGUCCCACCUUGAGGUGAUCAACACCGGUAGGUUAGUGACACGUCUUCACUUUGUCAGUCGGGGAGGGGACAGAGGUGCAGAGGGCCCGACGGGGGCAGUAAACACAGCGGUCAGUACUGCAGCGGCGGCAGCAGCCACCACAGUGGCAACAAGUUUUACCGAUAAUGAACUUGCCCCCAUCAUCGCAUUUAUCCGACGAUUGUUCCUUGAGCACGGAGUGGUGAACAAGCAGCGUGCGAAGGAGUUAGUAUUGAAGGCAAAACAACAGAACUAUCCCCAUGCGACGAAUGCAAUGCUCAGCGCGGCGCUCCAGAGAUGUGUUCAGCCCUUCACGGACGCAACGUGGGUAUUGAAGACACUGGAGGAGCCCGAUGUGGAUCGUCACCGCCCAUUGAUACUCGAAACCGCGCUGGAGUUGGUCAACUUCGGGAUCAGGCCGUUUAAUGCUUUAUUAGCGCAAAAGCAACAACAGCAGCAGCCGGAUGGAGAAACAGCUGGUGCCCGGAAGGAGGACAUGCAGAAAGUUGUUUCACGUGUGUUAGCUGAAAUCGCGGUGUAUCAAUCGCACGAGAGGCUGUGGCACCUCAAGAGUGGCAAUGUCAUUGGACAGUGA